UUUGUCAAGUAGAAAUAGUAGAUGGAAAAAAAUGUAAAAAAACUUAUAAAACUGAUACAACUACUGGUAAUUGUGCUAUUCAUCUUACAAAUAAUUAUAGAAUAACUGAACAAGCUAAGCAAGAAGUUAAUCCUCAAAUAAAUCAGAAUCAAGAUAUCAUGAAAAUGUUUAUCAGAAAAACCUAUCAUCAAGAAUCACGUCAACUUGAAUUGUGUCAAACUUUUGAGGAAGCAACCAGAUAUCUUAAAGGUAGUAAUUAUUCUACUCAUAGUAUAAUGAAACCUUUAAUAGCUAAAAUUUUUAACAAUCUCAAGCCCAAAUCUGAAUCAAAUACAAUAAAUAUUAAUAUUGAGGAGAUUGAAGAUAUUUUUGUAUAG